GGCAGAGUUGCUGUUGCUCCCAGUUGCUUCCAUUUUGUUAUAAGACCACUAACAGUUGACCGUGGAAUAUUUAGUAGCAAGGAAAUUUCACGGAUGGACUUAUUGCACAGGUGGCAACCUAUCACGGUACCAAGCAUUGAAUUCACUGAGCUCCUAAGAGCAACCUAUUCUUUCACAAAUGUUUGUAGAAGUCUGCAUGCCUAGGUGCUUGAUUUUAUACACCUGUGGCCAUGGAGGUGAUUGGAACAUCCGAAUCCAAUAAUUUGGACGGUUGAUUGGAACACCUGAAUCCAAUGAGGUGGAGGGG